UCAGAUGGUCUCUACAUCCAGGAGAUUGUUACAGAAUGAACAUUAAAUGCCAGUGGCAGAUUGAGGAGAGAGGGGAGAUCAGCAACUUCUAGAUGGGAAUCUACCUCAAGGGUGGACCGAAACAUGAUCUUGCGGCCAUACAGGCCAGCUGCAAUGGUGGAGGGCAGAGAGCGACCAAUAGAGGGUGCAACAUUGGAUGCAGAGCAAUCAGCGGUAGAGAACAUAGAACCCUGUCCCGCUUCUGUCACCCCAGAGCAUUUUGGUGCUUUCGACAGUUCGCUGUCAUUGUACUCUGGCUUUGACAACAGCACCCUCACCUCUCCACAGCGCCCCGCUAUGUCCCAGACUGGUGAUUGUACUACACAAACAACUUUGAAUAUCUCAGAUAUUCCAAGUGAGCCUGCAGAUGGCCCCUCUGCAUCAAACCAAUCUGAGGAUGACUUCUGCCAGGACAUUCUGACUAGACAAGCUACUGCCAUCAUAUUGACUGCGAGAGAAAAACAUCAUCUUUCUCAGGCUGGUGUGAAUGAGGUCGUGGCAGGAAUGCAACAGCACCAAGCUUUGUUGGUAACCAAUCUGAGGAGUUGACUACAAAGAGUAUUCCAAAACCAUCAGGAAGGUGAUCUUGAAAAGGAGGCUAUGGCAGUAUUUGAUCAGUUGGAGGAUCCAUUUGACUCUGUUUCAACAACAUACAGGCAGGACAGUGUGAUUAAGAACUGUUUCCAUUUUGUGGACUCAGAGAAUGGUUACUGUUGGGUAUACUGCUUGCUUGCAAAAAAAAAAAAAAAAAAGGAGCAAAAAGAAUCCUGUCUACCAAACCCAAAUGUUUUCAUUAUGUACUUCUCAUCAAAAGUCUGGAACAGUUAUUGUCCCAUCCAAAAGUCCUGGCAAUGAUAGAUGAGCCACAGAAAUACAGAAGUGGGUAUUUGUAUGACGUAUCCGAUGGAGAACUCAUGAAAUCACACCCUUUAUUUUCUGUCUGAGGAUUAAAGUUGUUUAUGUUGACAUCACAUGGCGCUGUUUUCAUUAGUCUUUUUGGAUCAGCAAGGUAAGGCCAGGAGA